AUGACUAUUCAGACGUUGGUGGAUAUGCUAAGAGCUUCUGUAUUGCAGUUUGGCGACGCUUGGCAUAAGCGUUUGGAUUUGAAUCACUCUAGCAUUGAGGUUGGUGAAAGAGUAUCGGUGGGCCCUGAGAUUGUAGACGCGACUACACAGAAUAUUCAGCUAUCACCAUGGAAAGGUGUAGUACGGUUCAUGAAAAAGGGUAAGUUAAGUCCUAGAUACAUCGGAUCGUACCAAAUCACUGAACGAGUCAGUGAAGUUGCUUACAAGCUUGAUUUACCUCCUGAAUUAUCUAAGGUGCACGAUGUUUUUCAUGUUUCUAUGCUUCACCAUUAUGUCUCAGAUCCAUCGCAUGUGAUACCUCCUCAACCUUUGGAAAUUAAUCUAGAUUUGAAUUAUGAUGAGGAGCCGGUCACGAUUUUGGAUUGGAAGGAUAAGGUUCUGAGGAACAAAACUGUGUGCUUAGUGAAAAUUUUAUGGAGGAACCAUUCAGUGGAGGAAGCCACCUGGGAGACGGACGAUCGUAUGAGAGAUGUGUAUCCACGCUUAUUUUAUGGAUAUUAG